GAGAAAUUCUCAAGGUUUCUGGCUUUUGGAAUGUGUUUUUGAACGUGGGUCCUGAAUUUUUUUUUUAUCAUUAUAUACGAUAUGUGUAUAUAUAUAUAUAUGGGCUUUCAGUUUUUGGCAGUAUAAUAAACGUGUACAAAAGGAGUGCACAUCCGUCAACACCAAAGAAGAGAGAGGUUCUUCUCUUGCAAGAGAAGAGAAGAAGAGUGUUGAAGCUUGCACUCUUCCUUUCUCUUUUCUUCUUUAACUUCACCACAAAGCCUAUACAUAUAUAUGUAUAUAUAUUAAUCCACACUUCUCUCCAUUUCUUGUUUUAUAACUCUUAUUAUUUUUUUCCUUCAAAGAUGAGAAUCCUUGUGAUCAUCCUGUUAAUGGCCAUACCUCACGUGGUUUCUUCAGAAUCACUCGGCAGAGCAGAUUUUCCAGAUGGGUUUGUGUUCGGGACAGCCUCUUCAGCUUACCAGUUUGAAGGAGCCGUGGAUGAAGGGAACAAAGGAGAAAGUAUAUGGGACACUUUCACAAAGAAACCUGGUAAGAACCUGGAGGAGAUUCUUUCGGUUUUUGCGAGUGGAUUCGGACAGGAGAAGAGAUAUAUAUCUCUCGGUGUUGAUUUCGGGGUUUUUGGUGUUUCAUUGGUAGGGAGAAUAUUGGAUUUCAGCAAUGCAGACACGGCAGUUGAUCAAUAUCACAGGUUUGAGAGUGACAUAGGCCUGAUGAAGGAUCUGGGAAUGGAUGCCUAUAGAUUCUCAAUAUCUUGGCCAAGAAUCUUCCCUAAUGGAACAGGGGAACCAAACCCAGAUGGAAUAAAUUACUACAACAGCUUCAUAGAUGUUCUAAUAGCAAAGGGGAUCCAACCUUAUGUGACCUUGUACCAUUGGGACCUCCCACAAGCUCUACAAGACAGAUAUGAAGGAUGGUUGAGCAGUCAAGUUGUGAAGGAUUACGAGCAUUAUGCGUUCACCUGUUUCAAAGAAUUCGGAGAUAGGGUGAAGCAAUGGAUAACGUUCAACGAGCCUCACGGAUUCUCGAUCCAAGGCUAUGACACGGGGAUACAAGCUCCGGGAAGGUGUUCACUUCUGGGACAUUUGUUUUGUAAGAAGGGGAAGUCAUCGGUUGAACCCUAUGUUGUAGCCCACAACAUUCUCUUGUCUCAUGCAGCUGCUUACUACAGCUACCAGAGAAACUUUAAGGAUAAACAACGAGGUAAAAUCGGGAUAGCGCUUGAUGCAAAAUGGUACGAGCCAAUGUCUGACUGUGAUGAGGACAAUGAUGCAGCUCGGAGAGCAAUGGAUUUUGGACUCGGAUGGUUUCUGGAUCCCCUUAUCUAUGGAGACUAUCCAGCUUCAAUGAAAAGGCUUGUGGGAGAGAGAUUACCUAAGAUAACACCAGAGAUGUCCAAACGAAUAAAAGGGUCACUGGAUUUUGUGGGCAUAAACCACUAUACGACACUAUAUGCAAGAAAUGACAGGACUCGUAUAAGGAAACUGAUUCUGCAAGACGCAUCAUCUGAUGCAGCCGUUAUUACAAGCUCUCUCCGUGGAGGAGUAGCUAUAGGAGAAAGAGCGGGUUCGAGCUGGCUGCACAUUGUCCCGUGGGGAAUCAGGAAACUGGCAGUGUAUCUCAAAGACAACUACGGAAACCCACCCAUAUUCAUAACAGAGAAUGGUGUGGAUGAACUCAAUAAUCCACUCAUGAACCGGGACAAAGCAUUGAAGGAUGAUAAGAGGAUCAAUUACCACAGAGAUUAUCUCUCCAACUUAUCUGCCGCCAUAAGGGAAGAAAACUGUGACGUACGAGGUUACUUUGUAUGGUCUCUGCUGGACAACUGGGAAUGGAACUCAGGAUACACUGUCCGGUUCGGACUCUACUAUGUGGACUAUACGAAUAAUCUCACAAGGAUUCCAAAAGCUUCUGUUCAAUGGUUCCAAAGCAUACUCCAUUCCAAGCACAAGCUUAGCUAUUAGAUUCAGCAGCUUGAGGUCAUAUUUUAACGAUCUCAUCUUGCUGCAGAAAGCAAUGGUACAGAGUGAGCACAAAGGGUAGGAAAAGAGAAAUUGAUACCAAUAGAAAACCUCAAUAAUGUUAAUGUAAACAAAUUACCAGAUAGGCAUCUAUAAAUUAAGAAACAGUUGUCUUGAAAAUCUACUAAUUGAGGAAUUCAAUAUGAUUCCGAAAGAGUUAA